CCCCUGAAUUGUUGUAUUGACUCAUGAAAUCGACUCUUGAACCAGCCUGCCACACAGUGCCCCUCUUGCUGGCGUCUAAAGCCGAGCGUGGCAAUCCCCCGGCCAAACUUCUCAUCGAUGACCAUGUCGAGACGUAGCAGAGCAAGUGUCCAAGCCGAGAUCAAGGACGCAGCGAGAACUUCGCCUCAAUCAGCCACCAAUAAAACUCCUUCACCAAGAUUAUCGGAGUCCAUCCCAACCCUGCUCUUCGAAGAUCAAUCUAAGUGGGAGAGCUACCUCGAGAGCUCCUACCAAAGCUCCCUGGGUGUCUGGCUGAAGAUAGCCAAGAAGAACGCCGAAAAGCCGACAGUCACGUAUGAUCAAGCCCUCAAUGUAGCACUCUGCUUCGGCUGGAUCGACGGACAGCGCAAAGCCUUUGACGAGCAGCACUUUAUCCAGAGAUUCACCCCACGGCGGAAGAACAGUCUCUGGUCAAAGAGAAACGUCGAGAAAGUUGCGGCUUUGACGCAAGCGGAACGCGUGAGGCCAGCUGGACAGGCUGAGGUUAACGCCGCCAAGGCUGAUGGGCGAUGGGAUCGAGCCUACUCUUCUGCGAGCAUGAUGGAAGUGCCUUCAGAUUUUGCGGAGGCAUUGCGCUGCAACGAAGAAGCGAACAAGUUCUUUAAUGCUUUGAAUAAGACGCAGCGUUAUGCAUUCUUGUGGCGGAUCGAGACGACAAAACGCCUAGAAACGAGGAAACGAAAGAUAGAUCAGUUUGUCAAUCUUUUAGCCGAACACAAGACGGUCUGAAAGGAGUGUCCAUCUGUGGAAACAGUGCUGAAGGUGGGAAAGUUUGAGCAAAGGUUUGACGACAUCGUAAUGGAAGCCAGAUUAAUAUUUCUCUUGUAUUGCAUACUACUAUGCUAGUAACUAAUACUGGGUUCCUUAAUUUGAAAAUGGCCAGCUGGCUUGACUCGA